CGCUCUUUACUCCAGCAGCAGUGUGGCUGAAGCAGGCAGAAGCAUAGAAGCGGCUGGGGUUUCUCAGUAACCCAUUCGCCUAGCCGAGGACUCGCUCAAUUCGGAUACUCAUCUGGGAAAGAUAUACCACCCUGAAGGGCUUUUACACCCCCAGAUUAGCCGACAUGAUGUAUCAGGGCUUCACCGCUGACUACGAUGCGUCUUCCUCCCGCUGCAGCAGCGCUUCUCCGGCUGGGGACAGCCUCACAUACUAUCCCUCACCAGCGGACUCUUUCUCCAGCAUGGGCUCGCCUGUCAACUCACAGGUGAGGAAUCGGGGGGCUGCUUAUGGCUCACGGGGUGUCGGGUUGGGAGAAUAGCUGCCUAUGUCUGCUUCUCUGUUGCUAUAGGGUUCAAUGACAGGACCCGAGCAGCUCCUAAUGUUGAUAGCUGAGGCUUGGGAGAGCUCCCCUGGCCUGUAUAUGAUGCACGCUUUUCUCUUUACUUUUCGAUAUAUGCUACAUUGUAUGGUGUGUUUCCAGCACCUCUGCCCAGGGAAGGCAGUAUUGGCCAUAUAGAAAAAGAGAAAUGGGGGUGGUGGAUGAAUCUAUUUCUUGUCUGGUGCUAUAAAUGAUGAAGGGGUUGGGGGGCGGAAUGGAUCUUCGCCCGGGAGGUGUUCUGCAGCGGGUGCGUAAAGCGGUUUCAUUGAUAAAUCGCGGCUUCAUUCAGGAGACUCCGGAGCGGCGCUUGCGUCAGCGCGGACGUCAGAGAUAUUUAUAACAAGCCCCUGUUCAUGUGUAGUCUGAUGAUGGCAGCAGCAGCGUCCGAACCAAUCUGGCCCCAGGGACUGCAGGCCCAGCUCAAAAUAGCGCACCGGCCUCUGGGGCUUAGAGCUGUCAUAGCGCGCAUCGCAUUUCUCUGACCCCUUCCCCCCCAACUUGGUAACUAACAGGGUCUCCUUUUGUGUUUUUCCAGGACUUCUGCACGGACCUAGCCGCCUCCAGUGCCAACUUCGUUCCCACCGUGACUGCUAUUUCCACAAGUCCAGACUUGCAGUGGAUGGUGCAACCGACUCUGAUCUCCUCAGUGGCCCCUUCCCAGAACCGAAGCCACCCCUACGGGCUCCCUGCUCACCAGACCGGUGCCUACUCUAGGGCUGGGAUUGUCAAGACGACAGGAAGCAGAGGCCAAAGCAUCGGCAGGAGGGGCAAAGUUGAGCAGGUGUGUGUUCAGCUUUUGGCUGCAAUGAAGCCUCUAGAAACCAGGAGAAGAGGGAGAACACGAGAGAGGGCUGUAGUUUAAUUUACCAACAAUACAUUAUUAUAGCUCAAAGCCUAUUUCUGGCUAAGCGGGGUGGACAUUUGGGACAGCAGAUAGCUGUUCCCUUUAAAGGACAAAGGGCAUAAAGGCAGUUUUGCAAGCGGGUGGAGAUCCCCCCCCCCCUUUUCAGAUCCGUAGGAGUAUCUGGGUCGUUUGCUCCAUGCAAGCGCAAGAGUUGUUCCUGUGAUCCGAAGUUAGGGAGCGCACUUUCUGGUCUCAAGCACUGGAGACUGACGUCCACGCUUGUUCUCUCUCCGUAGCUGACACCAGAAGAGGAGGAAAAAAGGAGGAUCCGUCGGGAAAGGAACAAGAUGGCAGCUGCUAAAUGCCGCAACCGGAGGAGGGAGCUGACGGAUACCCUACAAGCGGUGAGUAUCUGCUGCCUGGCCGGCGAUCCUGCCCUGCCCUGCCCGGCGCUGUCCUUUUGCUUUCUCUCCCGCCCGGAGGAGACUUGAGCUGACUCGCCCCUCCCCUUGCUUGUGUCCCCAGGAGACCGACCAGUUGGAGGAGGAGAAAUCCGAGCUGCAGACCGAGAUCGCCAACCUGCUGAAAGAGAAAGAGAAGCUGGAGUUCAUCCUGGCCGCCCACCGCCCCGCUUGCAAGAUCCCGGAAGAGCUGCAGUUCUCCGAGGAGCUGGCCGCCUCCACGCUGGAUCUGCUGGCCGAAGCCCCCGUGGCCAGCUCGCCCGAGUCCGAGGAGGAGGCCUUCGCCCUCCCCAUGCUGCACGAGCCCAGCCGCGCCGCGCCGGUCAAGGAGAGCAGCGGCCUGGAGCUGAAGGCCGAGCCUUUCGACGACUUCUUCGCGCGCUCCACCCGCGAGACUCCCCGCUCCGUGCCGGACAUGGACCUGUCCGGCUCCUCUUCCUUCUACGCGGCGGACUGGGAGCCCCUGGGGGCCGCGGGCCACGUGGAUCUGGAGCCGCUUUGCACCCCGGUGGUGACCUGCACGCCGUGCCCCAGCACCUACACCUCGUCCUUCGUCUUCACGUACCCCGAGACCGAGGCCUUCCCCAGCUGCGCCGCCGCGCACCGGAAGGGCAGCAGCAGCAACGAGCCGUCGUCCGACUCGCUCAGCUCGCCCACCCUGCUGGCCUUGUGAAGAAGGGACGCCAGAUCCCCGAGCCGUCGCUGCGGGCCUAGGGGCAUCACCACGGCGGAGACCGAGCCCACCCGCCCUUGCUGCUGCUGCAUGGGGCUUUAGGCCGCAAAGGAGCCGCUCUCUCCUUCCUGUGGAGCUCCGAGAUCCCACCCGAGGCCUAGGAAAAGACGAAGCCCUCCAUUCCGGAGGUUUGGUAUGGGCAGCCCACUUGGAGGGAAAUGACUUUGCUGGAGGGGCUGCCUCUCAGCCAGACGCCAGGCCUGAUACCUCUUCCAGAGAUGUAGCAAAACCGCAUGGAAUCUGUCUUGUCCCCCAUCAAUGAGAACUAGUAGUUUCGUAGCAUGUUCAACAUGGCUGGGUUGGUGACUCCCUUCCCUCCUCUUUACUAUUCACUAGCAUUAACUAAUUAAUCUGUUGGUUUAAUGAUUGGAAUUCUUAAUAUGGUGCUGGGUAUCUUCAACUCGUAUCUAGUGCAGCUGACUAACAAUAACUACUGUGUUCCUGGCAAUAUCGUGUUUUGAUGACUUAGCAAUGACCCAACUUAACUGCGAAAAGAUACCCUUUUAUUUUCUAGUAGAUUAAUAAAUAGCUAUGUUGUCCAUGUACUAAAGUUCUCCUUGUACAUCAAUGUUCAUUGUAACUUUAACUGAUCAUACAUUGUUGAAGUGGUCUGAAUGGUUUGACAUAAGUUUUCCAUGAAAACGUUUUUAUUGUGUUUUUAAUUUAUUUAUGGAUAUAUUUAAUUUUUUAUUUUAAUUUUUUCUACCUUGAGGUAAUUGACAUGUGGAAGGUGAAUUUGGAUGACAUUUAAGCAUUGUUUGCUUACUGUUCAAGACACUGUCAAUAAAAGCAUUUAAGUUGAAUGCU